UCCCGGCCCGGAGAGGGGCUCCUGCCGUCGAAAAGACAUCCCAUCCCAGACACCGAUUCCCGCCCCGAAGAAAGGGUCCCAGCCCCGAAGAAGGAAUCCCUGCUCGGAGAAAGGAACCCGCUCCGGAGAGGGCAUUCUGCCCCGGAGAGAGCAUCCCUCACCGGAGAAAAGGUCCUGCCCCGAAGAGGGGGUCCCGCCCCCCAAAAAGAGCAUCCUGCCCCGGACAGGGAGAGCAUCCCUUACCGGAGAGAGCAUCCCUUACCGGAGAGAACAUCCCGAACCCCGAGAGAGCAUCCCUUACCGGAGAGAGCAUCCCGGAGCCCGAGUCCCUCCCCGCAGGCUCCGGUGUCGCUGCUGCCGGGAGAGGAGGCGGCAGAGCGAGGGGCCGGGGAUGCUGCUCACACCCGCCGCCUGAGCUGGGAUGCAGGGCAUCCUCUCACCCCCAGGGACAGCCCAGCUCGCAGGUGUCACUCCAGGUUUGUCGGUGAAGGCACCCAUGGAAACGGGGAGCAGCAGCACAGAGAAAUUUUACAGGAUCCCCGAAGGAAAGGGACCACACUCGGUUGGAUGCACAGACCUGAUGACAGAAAAUGCCAUUGAGGCACAGGUAAUGAAUCUCUACCCCUUCCUGGGACACGAUUGGUCACCGGGGGAAGCUCACUGGGACUAUUCUGGGAUCAAAUUAAUAUCAUCACCUGUAUGGAUGAAGGGAAGCUUCUUGCGCCUCUAUUAUCCAUCAUGUGACGCCACAGAUAACGAAGAGGCACCGUGGAUUCCAGAUAAAGAGUACUAUCAGGGACUCUCUGACUUCCUUAAUAUGUACCGGGUAGUAGGAGAAAGGCUUUUCCAGUACUACGUUGGUUCAGUGACCUGUCCUGCAAAGUCAAAUGCUGCUUUUAAGCCAGGAGAAAAAUACCCACUCCUCAUUUUUUCCCAUGGACUUGGAGCUUUUCGGACGAUCUAUUCUGCUAUUUGCAUAGAGAUGGCUUCCCAAGGCUUCAUAGUGGCUGCUGUGGAGCACAGAGAUGAAUCUGCUUCAGCAACGUAUUAUUGUAAAAAAAAGUCCGUUUCUGAACCACAGGAAGAGUCUACAUCAAACAUGGAGAAGGAGUGGAUCUACUACAGGAAACUGAAAACUGGAGAGGAAGAGCGUUGUUUGCGCCAUAAGCAGGUGCAGCAAAGAGCACAGGAGUGCAUCAAAGCUCUCAACCUCAUUCUUAAAAUCAAUUCAGGAGAGGAAGUAACGAAUGUACUGAAUUCAGACUUUGACUGGAAUACCCUAAAGGAUUCUGUUGAUACGAGCAGAAUAGCUGUGAUGGGACACUCUUUUGGUGGUGCUACAGUUAUUGAAAGUCUCAGCAAAGAAACAAGAUUCAGGUGUGGCAUUGCCCUCGACGCGUGGAUGCUUCCAGUAGGUGAUGACAUUUACCAAAACAGUGUCCAGCAACCACUGCUUUUUAUCAACUCUGAAAAAUUCCAGUGGGCCGAUAAUAUCUUGAAGAUGAAGAAGCUCAGCUCCAAUGACACAAACAAGAAAAUGAUCACUAUCAAGGGCUCAGUACAUCAGAGCUUUCCCGACUUUACCUUCAUCAGCGGAGAAAUCAUUGGAAGAUUUUUCAAAUUAAAAGGAGAAAUAGAUCCAAAUGAAGCUAUUGAUAUAUGCAAUCACGCUUCAUUAGCCUUCCUGCAGAAGCAUUUGAAUCUUAAGAAAGACUUCGAUAAGUGGGAUUCUGUUGUGGAUGGCAUAGGACCCAAUGUUAUUCCUGGUACCAAUAUCAACUUAUCUCCAGCUGAACCCGAAUAAGGAACACAAAGGAAUACUGGAAAUACCACGGGCAU